AUGCUUUGUUCCUCCCUUUUGGCGGACGGCAAGGUCUUAUCUGAGAACGUACGGCGGCUACGUUUUAUGUCUGCGCAGCAGACUAGCCGCCCAGCAGCAAAAGCAGCAGCAGCAGCAACAGCAGCAGCAGCAAAGAGGCAGGGUUGGUGUGCUCCUGGUUGGGACCAGGCAGAGGAGAUAUAUGAGCAGCAGCAGCAGCAGCAGCGGCAGCAGCAGCAGCAAGAAACAAAACAGACUGCCCCUAUCUACGACCUCCUUCUAUUCAGGCGUUCUUUUGGGGGUGCAAACCCUUUUAUUGAAUCCCUAAAUAAGAAGCAAAUAAAGAAAGCAGCAGCAGCAGCAGCAGCAAAAGAAGAAAGAGAUCAGGCUUUGCUGCUGCAGCGCAGCAGAGAUGCUAGACAGGUCCCUUAUUAG